AUCCUUAAUCCACUUGGUUUUUUGUUUACACCAAAGUUAAGAAUAUGUUUAAAUUAGCUUAUUAAAAAGAUUGAUAUUGAUUUUCUGAAUUGAUAGUUAACCCCCCCACCCCCCUCACCCAGUCUCAGCUUCGGAUGAAUUGAUUUUUGGAUAUUGGUAGCUACCCGAAAAAUUAGGUUCGGAAACCAGUCUCAGCUUCGAUUUUCUCUUGGAGUUUGUUUGUAUAUCCGUUAAUUCAAAAUUCCUCUUCAAAUCCCUCCUCUUUCCGGCACUGGCGCCGCCGCCUAAACGGCCGCCUCCGGCACUCACUCACUCAGUAUUUUUCUGUUCAAUUUCACGCAAAUUACGUCACUGAAGAUGGGAACUAGGGUUCCGGUGCAGCACUAUGAUAUGAGGUCGGCGGCGGAUUCGUAUAUAGAGACGUCUUUGCAUGAUCUCAAUGCAGAGGGUAUUGGUGGCGGUGGUGGUGGUGAUGAUGUUGAUCGUGGAGGAGGUGAUGUAACGGAUGAUAGCAUGGGUAGUGGUGAUGAAUCUACAGCUGUUGAUUGUCUCCAGGAGACCUUCAGAAACUCAUUACCACUUCAUGGUAUGGUGGUGGAGGAUGAUCAUACUAGCAUUGAAAAUAGCGGAUCUUCAACGGGUUCCUACAAUAUUGUUACCAUUGAUGAUAUAUCACCAAUUGAAACAGCAAGGACAAGAUUUUUGGACAUUAUUGUCGAUCAUUUUAUAAGGCCACAUGUAGUUGAUGUUGUAGAUUCAGAGGCAGACUUCGCUGCUCAAACAUCACAAGAUAAAAUGAGCAAGCGGAAGUUUAGAGAAAUCCAAUAUGAAGGUGAUGCUACAUAUGUUUUGCCGUUGAUGUACGUGGCUAACAUGUAUGAAACACUGGUUAAUGAAGUGAAUGUAAGACUCUCUUCUUUGAAUGGAAUGCGUGAAAAAACCAUCGGUGUCGCCCUUGAAGCAGCUGGUGGUUUAUACAGAAAGCUUGCAAAAAAAUUUCCUAGGAAAGGACCUUGCAUGUUUAAAAGGCGGGAGUUGGCUACAUCUUUUGAAACAAGGGCAAGGUUUCCUGAAUUAGUGAUACAAGAGGAGAAGCGUGUCCGAUUUGUCGUGGUUAAUGGUUUAGCCAUUGUGGAGAAACCAACAAGCUUAUGUAUUGAUGAUGCAGAAUGGUUCAGAAGAAUGACAGGCCGAAACGAAGUCGCUAUAUCCCCUAGAGACUAUAAAUUCUAUGCUCCAAGACACAAGUAUAGACGUGCGUCAAACUCAAUUUCCAACAUCACUGGUUUGUCAGCAUUCACCAGCACGGAAAAUGCAUCUUCAUUGUCUGCAGGUCAAAGCUACCGCUCUGUUAGUGAAGAAAGUCAACAGACUACGUCAAAGCAGCAUAUGCAACCUCUGGCCCAUCAGGCUCAAUUUCAUCCCCUUCAGCAGAGCCACCAUAUCAACCAAAGUCAACAUAUCAGUCAUUUCUCGCACAAUCAACAAUGUGGCCCACAAUCUCAUUUGUCCGAAAUUUCUCAUACUCAGCAGUCGCCAACCAUUCCUCCACAUAUGGCUUGCUUACAACAAUUAGGCCAUGUAGGAGGGCGCAUGCAUAUAAUGCCUGCAAGUCCUGCAAAGUUCUGUGAUGAAUGUGGUACUCCCUACUUGAGAGAGACUUCAAAGUUCUGCUCAGAAUGUGGUACUAAGAGGUUAGGGAUAUGAUGUAAACUCAUCUAGUCUCCCAAUGUAAACUGUACAUUACGUGUAAAUAUGUACUUCCGAAUUACGUGUUUUACUUUUUUAUUUUUGGUCCGUACCAGAAAGAGUGUUUCUUUUUGUAUUAUACACAUCUUUAAUCUUUAAUUUAAGAUCAGAAAUGUUUCUUUUUGUACUA